UCAAUGUCGUUGUCAAAGAAGCAGUUUUAUAUUUAUAGCGUGCGUUGUUUAUGUGGUGAAAUAAAUUUGUAAUUUUUAAAAAUGCCGAAGUAUUAUUGUGAUUAUUGCGAUACUUAUUUAACACACGAUUCGCCUAGUGUUCGAAAAACACACUGUACAGGGCGUAAGCAUAAAGAUAACGUUAAGUUUUACUAUCAAAAAUGGAUGGAGGAACAAGCGCAGCAUUUAAUUGAUGCUACUACGGCGGCCUUCAAAGCUGGCAAAAUAGCACAAAAUCCAUUUGGUGGUAAAGGUGCAGCAAUACCACCACCUUGGGAUCCAUCAGUAAUGGGACCUGGAGGGCCCAGGCAACCAGUUCCUGCACCUGGUGGGCCGCCUGGAAUGAUUCCACCACCUUCCAUGGGUCCAGGAGGGCCCAUGGCUCCUCCUAUGAUGAUGGGUCCACAUGGGCCUAUGCCGCCAAUGAUGGGCAUGCGUCCACCUAUGAUGGGACCUCUGAUGGGCCACAUGGGACCUAUGGGUCCUAUGGGACAAAUGCGACCUCCUAUGAUGAAUGGACCACCAAUGAACAAAUAGUGGACAAAUUUAUUGUGUUUAGAAUUAUUGUAAUAGAAGAACUGAUAGGGAAGUGAUGUGAUUAAAUAUUUGUAAAUUACUGUAAAUGUAUAAUACUUACAAACAUGUUUUUGCUAUUUAAAUUCAAAAUUAGCUGUUAAAAGACUAAUUAAUUAUUAAUUUUUUUUAUCAGUAGUAAAUUUUUCAAAUUAAAUGGUCAUUUCAUGUACUUAUGUAAGAACAUCAACAUAAAAAGUGUUUUCUAAUCAGCGAAACAAAUCUUGAUUCUAUGAAUUCAAAUAGAAUAAUUUUUUCAAUG